AUGUCUUCGAAGGUGAUUGGAAGUGUUUUAAACCGUUUGAAAGGUGGGAAAGUGGUUGGAACUAAGUUGGAGCCAUCCGUGCGGGCGACAAACGGUGCUACAGCGUUAAAAUAUAGAAGUUAUAAUGCUUCGUUGGAAAUCGAGGAUUUUCAGUCGAUCUUACCAGAGAAGACGUUUGCAGUGAGUAGUGGGACCAAGGAGCCAGUUGGAUUCGAGUUAAUCAAAAGUCGGGAUCCGAGGUUUUUCCAAUUUAAAGAUUACUAUGUUUUACUCUUUAAAGAUGAAAAAUUGCUUAAGGAAUAUUACCAGGCCACCCAGCUUGCAAGGAUCCAUAAAGUUCGUGUUAAGUUUACGCCGCUGCCGAGUGGCCAAAGGAGUGAGCAUGUUUAUUCUCACUAUGUUGAGAACUUAGAAGCGGCUUUCGAGUCGAGCAGGAUGUAUACAGAACAGUACAAAAAAAAACGGCCUUUCGAUCAAGAAACUUUUGAUCUAGCCCAAUUGCAACAACGGGUGCGACCCAUUGAAGAGCGAUCAGCCCUAGUUUGGAACCUCCCGCCCGAGAUGAGGUCACAUAACCUUAUGGACAGGUUCUGGUUUUACGAUAUAAAGCACUGUUUCAAGCUCUACUGGGACGACUCGAUCGGUAAGACGCUGUACUACGUUGCAUUUAAUGAUCGGAAUGAUUGCAUGAAAUUCAAAAGGAACUUUCACGGAGUUUAUUUCGAUGACGAUCCCAAGUGGAAAUUGCUCGUUGAGACGUUACAUUAG